AUGGUUCACAAAAACUACAAGAUUUGCGGUGUCGGUGCUGGUAUUUUGGGCGUUCCUGUGUGCGCCGUAAUUGCUUCCCAAUUUCCGGAAUUCUCCGUCAGCGUCGUGGAUGAUGACAACAGUCUCGUUGAUCAGUGGAAUAGUGGAAGCAAUUACCCCAUCUCUGAGUUAGGGCUUGAGGAGUUGCUAAAAAAGUGCAAAGGAAGGAAUCUGGUUAUCUCCUCGGAGGUGGACAGGUACCUAGCUGACGCAGACAUCAUCCUCAUCUGCGUCAAGACGCCUGCCAAGUCCCUUGGUGUUGGUCGAGGUCGAGCUGCAGAUCUGGGCUGCAUCGAAGCGGUUUCACGACAAAUCGUUGCCUCCGGGAACUCCUCAGCCAUUGUGGUUGUUCAAAGCACCGUUCCGAUUGGAGCUACUGAUCACAUCAACAGCAUCUUCAGCGCCAACAACAAGGCAGGUGGCAUCGCUUCAAACUUUGUCGUCAUCUCCAAUCCUCAGUUUGUGUCAGAGGGCAGUGUAAUUGAAAACCUCCUCCAGCCAGAUCGAGUAGUUUUAGGUGGCGAGGCCACCGAAGCCUCGCAAAGAGCUGUACAGAUCCUCAAAAACAUCUACGCACGUUGGAUCCCCGAGGAGAAGAUCAUCACCAUUUCGACGAAGUCUGCUGAGGUUGCUAACGUCUGCGAGGAGACUGCAGCUGACGUGCGUCAGGUGGCCGACGCGGUGGGACGCGACCGUCGUGUGGGACCCCACUUCCUCGACGCAGGCCUUGGAUUCGGUGGCAACACGCUGCCUGCCGACGUCCAUCAUCUGGUGUAUACCUGUGAGUCGUUGCAGCUGCCCACGGUCGCAGCCUACUGGAAUUCCGUGCUGAGUGUGAACGAGUUUCAGGUGAACCGAUUCUUCCGCAAAAUCACCGCCCACUUCUGUGAAACCCUUCGAGGCAAACGCAUCGCCGUGUUCGGCUGCGCAUUCAAAAAGGGCACCCCGGAAGUCAGCUCUCGUGUUGGUCACGCCAAAGUGACCUUCUCCCCCGACCUGGGUGCACGCUGGUGGUCGAUGGGACUUAAAUGUCAACGUUGUGCCUUAGCCUGGUCGGUCACAUUUGGCUGUCAGUUAAACGAGCUUGUAACAAUCUUUCGGCGUGGGAGAAUGUGUUGCAAGGUAAACAGCCCGGCCGUCGUCAUUUGUUGCCGCCUUCUGCUUGAGGACGCCAACAUCGCGGUGUACGAUCCACUCGCCGACCUUCAAUCGCUUGUCGACGCCGUCUCGGAGACCUUGGGUCAGAAGCCCGCCAACAUCGACAACCUGGUGUGGUGCAAGACGCCAAUUGAAGCCGCGGAGAACGCAGACGGAAUUAUUGUGUGCACCGACUGUGAUGAAUUCAAGACACUUGACUACAAGGCAAUCUACGACUCAAUGAGGAAACCAGCGUCCUUCUUCGAUGGACGUCUAGUGGUUCCCCACAAGGAUCUCCUGAAGAUCGGGUUCCGUGUGGAAGCCGUUGGCGUCUGCCUAAAAUAA